GGCCGCCCCGCGCGUGAGAAGGCCGAGGGGCGCGCCACCCCAUCGCGGGGCAGGCGCCCCCCGGGCCCAGCCACCCCCACCCCGCCCGGUAGUCGUGGCCCGGGAUGCGGAGCCGGGGGCCGCCGGUGGAGCUGCGCGGGGUGAGAGGCGCGGGGAAGGGGGCUGCCUGCUUCCCUCACCCUCGUCCACCACCGGCGGGCCCCGGCAGGAAUUCGGGAGCCACGCGGCCAGGCCCUCUUAGCGCCCUGACAUUUGGGGGGAACAGGUGAACCCGCCACCCUUCCCGCACCCCGCCCCGCUUGGGCAGCUAAAUCAGAGGGGACGACCCUGCCCUUUUAAGGAGGCUUUUUGUUGCUCCUGCGGAGGCCCUCCCUCCCCGGCCAUGGCCACCAGGAGCCUCCUAAAACCCACAGGGACUGCCCCCCAUCCUGGCCACCGGGCCCCCCCCUCUGCAUCCCGCGGGCAGCCAGUGUGAAGCGGCCUCCCGCAGCCCCCGGCCCCUCCCCCAUGGAGGAGGAGGAGGGGGGGACGGCCAAGGAGUGGGGCACGACCCCCACGGGGCCCGUCUGGACCGCGGUGUUCGACUACGAGGCGGCGGGCGAUGAGGAGCUGACCCUGCGGAGGGGCGACCGCGUCCAGGUGCUUUCCCAGGACUGUGCGGUGUCGGGCGACGAGGGCUGGUGGACCGGGCAGCUACCCAGCGGCCGUGUGGGCGUUUUCCCCAGCAACUACGUAGCCCCCGGCGCCCCCGCCGCGCCCGCGGGCCUCCAGCUGCCCCAGGAGAUCCCUUUCCACGAGCUGCAGCUAGAGGAGAUCAUCGGUGUAGGGGGCUUUGGCAAGGUCUACCGGGCCCUGUGGCGCGGCGAGGAGGUGGCUGUCAAGGCCGCCCGGCUGGACCCUGAGCGGGACCCGGCAGUGACAGCAGAGCAGGUGCGCCAGGAGGCCCGGCUCUUCGGAGCCCUGAAGCACCCCAACAUCAUUGCCCUCCGAGGUGCCUGCCUCAGCCCCCCACACCUCUGCCUGGUGAUGGAGUAUGCCAGGGGGGGCGCACUGAGCAGGGUGCUGGCAGGCCGACGGGUGCCCCCUCACGUGCUGGUCAACUGGGCUGUGCAGGUGGCCCGGGGCAUGAACUACCUACACAAUGAUGCCCCUGUGCCCAUCAUCCACCGGGACCUCAAGUCCAUCAACAUCCUUAUCCUGGAGGCCAUCGAGAACCACAACCUCGCAGACACGGUGCUCAAGAUCACAGACUUUGGCCUCGCCCGCGAGUGGCACAAGACCACCAAAAUGAGCGCUGCAGGGACUUACGCCUGGAUGGCUCCAGAGGUUAUCCGUCUCUCCCUCUUCUCCAAAAGCAGUGAUGUCUGGAGCUUCGGGGUGCUGCUCUGGGAGCUGCUGACGGGUGAGGUCCCCUACCGUGAAAUCGACGCCUUGGCCGUGGCAUAUGGCGUGGCUAUGAACAAGCUGACGCUGCCCAUCCCCUCCACGUGCCCCGAGCCCUUUGCCCGCCUCCUGGAGGAAUGCUGGGACCCAGACCCCCACGGGCGGCCAGAUUUCGGGAGCAUCUUGAAGCGGCUUGAAGUCAUCGAACAGUCAGCCCUGUUCCAGAUGCCACUGGAGUCCUUCCAUUCACUGCAGGAAGACUGGAAGCUGGAAAUUCAGCACAUGUUUGAUGACCUCCGGACCAAAGAGAAGGAGCUCCGGAGUCGGGAGGAGGAGCUGCUGCGCGCUGCUCAGGAGCAGCGCUUCCAGGAGGAGCAGCUGCGGCGGCGGGAGCAGGAGCUGGCAGAGCGCGAGAUGGACAUCGUGGAGCGGGAGCUGCACCUGCUCAUGUGCCAGCUGAGCCAGGAGAAGCCGCGGGUCCGCAAACGCAAGGGCAACUUCAAGCGCAGCCGCCUCCUCAAGCUGCGGGAAGGCGGCAGCCACAUCAGCCUGCCCUCCGGCUUCGAGCAUAAGAUCACAGUCCAGGCCUCUCCAACCCUGGACAAGCGGAAAGGAUCCGACGGGGCCAGCCCCCCAGCAAGCCCCAGCAUCAUUCCCCGGCUGAGGGCCAUUCGCCUGACUCCUGUGGAUGGUGGUGGCAGCAGCAGUGGCAGCAGCGGUGGUGGCAGUGGGACAUGGGGCCGCAGUGGGCCCCCAAAGAAGGAAGAACUGGUUGGAGGCAAGAAGAAGGGCCGGACCUGGGGACCCAGCUCCACCCUGCAGAAGGAGCGGGCUGGAGGGGAGGAGAGGCUGAAGGCCCUGGGGGAAGGAAGCAAACAGUGGUCAUCAAGUGCCCCCAACCUGGGCAAAUCCCCCAAACAUACACCGAUCGCCCCAGGCUUCGCCAGCCUCAAUGAGAUGGAGGAGUUCGCGGAGGCGGAUGAAGGCAACAGCGUGCCCCCCUCUCCCUACACCACCCCGUCCUACCUCACCGUGCCCCUGCCGGCAGAGCCCUCCCCGGGGGCGCCCGCGCCACUCUCCCGGCCAGGCCACGGCGGCCGGCGGCGCUGCGAGCUGGCCCUGCUGGGCUGCGCCACACUGCUGGGCGCCGUGGGUCUGGGCGCAGACGUGGCCGAGGCGCGCGCCGCGGACUGCGAGGAGCAGCGGCGCUGGCUGGACGGCCUCUUCCCCCGCGCCGGCCGCUUCCCGCGGGGCCUCAGCCCUCCCGGGCGCUCGCCCGGCCGCCGCGACGACGCGGCCCCUGGCCCGGGCCUGGCGCCCUCGGCCACCCUGGUGUCGCUGUCGUCCGUGUCUGACUGCAACUCCACCCGUUCGCUGCUGCGCUCCGACAGUGACGAGGCCGCGCCGGCCGCGCCCUCCCCGCCGCCCUCCCCGCCUAGCACCAACCCCCUAGUGGACGUGGAGCUGGAGAGCUUCAAGAAAGACCCCCGCCAGUCGCUCACGCCCACCCACGUCACGGCCGCGCGCGCAGUGAGCCGCGGGCACCGGCGGACGCCGUCGGACGGGGCGCUGGGGCAGCGGGGAGCGCCUGAGCCCGCGGCUCCCCGCCCUGGCCCUCGAGAUCCCUUGGACUUCCCCCGCCUGCCCGACCCCCAGACCUUGUUCCCGACCCACCGCCGGCCCCCUGAGUUCCCUGGCCGCCCUACCACUCUGACCUUCGCCCCAAGACCCCGGCCGGCUGCCAGUCGCCCCCGCCUGGACCCCUGGAAACUGGUCUCCUUUGGCCGGACACUCGGCAUCUCGCCUCCCAGCAGGCCGGACACCCCAGAGAGCCCCGGACUCCCUGGCAUGCAGCCCACGCUGCUUGACAUGGACAUGGAGGGGCAGAGCCAGGACAGCACCGUGCCCCUGUGCGGGGCCCAUGGCUCCCGCUGACGCCCGCCCUCCACCGCCCGCCUGGGCAGCCAUGAAUGUAGCACCCCAGGCCCCGCCCCGGCCUGCUGUGCCACAAGGCGGGGGAGGCCCUGGGCAGGAUACUCGCUCUAUUUAUUGGGGAAGGGGGGUGGGGGUCACUUAAUUUAUUCCUUUGUACCCCAGAGGGUGGGGCCCUGUGCCCACCCUGCAGUUGGGGGGAGGGCGGGCAGGGAUACUCAGGGACAGGGCAUCAUAGGGAUUCGGCACAAAAUGCAGCAUUAAAGGUAACCCCUGCCCCCUA